AAUAAAAGAAAACCUGAGAACUACAACUGCUUCUCGUGUCUGCUUUUCGCCAAGGACUCAACAGAUAACAGCUGAGCUAAAAGCCCAACAGCAGAGAAAGCAUCCAGUAGAGCUCUGUUCUUGGUCUUGGAGGAGAAAUAAGGUGCUCUGCCAAGCUUGUGCCUGGACAUCUGCGAAGAAAAGUUGAUCAAGAAUCCAAGGAAGGAUCUUUAUGGUUUCUCAAGACAUUCACCAGCAUCAACAUCUUUGACAUUUGCUUAUUCUUCUACUGACCCAGAAUCACACUAGCCAUGGGAAAAUCUAAGAAGAAAGAAGAGGCUGUCUUUCUGAGGAAAAAGAUCACACUCCUGAGGGCCUUUUCACUUCUCAUUGGGAGCAUGGUGGGCAGUGGCAUAUUCAUCUCUCCCAAGGGGGUCCUGAAAAACUCCGGCAAUGUGGGCCUCUCCUUGAUUGUUUGGUUUGCCUGUGGAAUUCUCUCCAUGUUUGGUGCUUUGAGUUACGCAGAACUGGGCACGCGAAUCACGAAGUCCGGAGGCCAUUACAUUUAUAUCUUGGAAACUCUAGGUCCUCUGCCUGGAUUCCUGUUCCUAUGGGCCGAAUACUUUGCUAUAAGACCAGCCAAUAGUGCCGUUGUCGCUUUAGCAUUUGGACGCUAUAUAUUGGAACCAUUUUUUGCUCCUUGUCCGGCUCCACUCCUGGCUGUGAAGCUUGUUGCUCUCCUGGGCUACUACAUUGUCCUCGUCUUAAAUUCUUGCAGUGUCAGCUGGAGUGCCCAGCUUCAGACCAUCUUAUCCAUCAUCAAAUUGGCAGCACUCUCUCUCAUUAUUGUCCCAGGCAUGAUGCUUUUAGCUCAAGGCUGUACAGGAAAUUUCCAGGAUGCCUUCAAUACCCAAGCACUCGUUUUGGACAAACUACCUUUAGCUUUUUAUGCAGGGAUGUUUGCCUACUCUGGAUGGUUUCAAACUAGUUUUGUACGAGAAGAACUAGUGAAGCCAGAACGAAAUAUCCCUCUGGCUGUGAUUGUGUCUGUGAUCACAGUGAUUGUGGGGUAUAUGCUCACCAAUGUUUCCUAUUACACAGUACUGACCGCAGCAGAUGUCCUUGUCUCUCAGGCAGUGGCUGUGAGUUUUGCACGGAAAGCUUUUCACAGCCUUAUCUCUGUGAUUCCAAUCUUGGUUUCCCUGUCUUGUUUUGGAACCAUGAAUGGGGGAAUUUUUACAUUUUCAAGGACAUUGUUUGUGGCUUCCAGGGAGGGGCAAUGGCCCACCCUCUUCUCUAUGAUCCACAUCCAACGCCAUACCCCACUGCCAGCCGUCAUGCUAAUGUUUCCUUUGGUCACAGCCAUGAUUUGUGUAGGAGACCUUUACCACCUGUUGAACUUCUUCAGCUUUUCCCGGUGGCUUUUCAUAGGAUUAGCCACCCUUGGGCUUAUAGUUCAUCGCUGCCGCCAUCCUGAUAUAUUAAGUCCAUUCAAGGUUCCUCUGUUCAUUCCUGUUUCCUUUACUGUCAUCUGCCUUUUCACAGUGGGAAUGUCUUUCUACUCAGACCCAGUUAAUAUCAGCAUUGGAUGUGCCAUCGUUUUAAGUGGUCUUCCAGUUUACUUUUUGCUCAUCAAACAAACAAUGCCAAAUUGUUGCCGUAAAACUUUCUGUUUUCUUACACUGAAGCUUCAGAUCCUCUUGAAGGUGGUACAGCAGGAGAUCAGGACAUACUGACCAGUCCUUACUUUGAAAUAUUGACUUUGGGGAGACUUCUGUACAAGCCUGUAUUUCCUAUCACACCUAGAGUAGCUUUGCAUGGCUGUUUCCAGUUUGGAGUUCCAACACCAUAUGGGAUGUUCAUCAGAGAUCAAAGGCAUAAAGAAGCUUACUAUUUUUGCUUACUAUUUGAUUGUUUUAAAAAUGUAAUCUAUGCUGCUCUUAGUUUUAUCCUCAUCUGCAAUGCAGAUGCACUUAGGUGCAACCAAUAAAUCUGAUGCAGUUGCAUCAGCAUACCCACUCUAUUUCUAUGUAAAGCAUGGGUAGAAAGACAUUAUUUGUAGAUUUUGAAAUACCAUAAAUUUUUUAUAGUUAUGGUAUAUUUUGACAAGCAUUUCUGGGUUAAAGAGAAUUUUGGAUGCUUUUCAGCCUAUGAAAAGCUUUACAAAAGACACAUUUUUCAAAGAUGUAAGUGCAUUUGGUAGGAUUCAAGAUAUUUUUAAACAAAACCGGUGGUGUUAUAAUGGGUUUCCUGCAUACCAGGGUGCUGUGCUGAAUCACCAUGGACAUUUCUUCUGACUUUGAUGGUGUACAUUUGGAAUACAGUUUUAACAGGAUUUUUCAACCACAAUGACAUCCCACUUUCAGUUACUGUUACUGGCACUUCAGCAAGUGUUAGUAACUAAGUGUUAGUAGCUUAAGUGUUAAUUUUAAAUACUUCAGUGCCAUCACCUCAGUUGGGAGAAAACUAUUGUUCUCUACCCAUGCAAAGGAAUAAUGAUUUUGAUACAGUUGCAGUGAUUAAGAUCUAGCCAAACAAAUAAUAAUAAUAACAACAACAGUAGAAUAAUAACAACAGCAGCAGAAGCAGCAAUAACAAUAACAACAUUAAUAGUAGUAGUAUAGCAGAGCCAUGGUCUCAUAUGUUCUUCAGCAUUUGCAUAGUAUUUUGCUUAAAAUAGCAAGAUUCCAUUCUUUCACUAACAUGUUUAAGAUUGAUUUGUCAGACUGAAAUGCAUAUCUUUGUAAGAUAGAGGGCAGAGCAUGUUGUAAAUGUUUUGUAUAUUAAAUGGCAGCAGUGUUAAUUCUUUUCAGUCCAUAUCUGUUUUACAUGUGUUCAUUCAUAAAUAUGUACUAUUUCUGCCUUAAUCUGUAUGUUUUUGAAAAUAAGUAGAAAAAUAUACUCGUUUUAUAUGCAUUUUGUCAUAAAAUAUACAUUUUGCUGUAAACUA